GACAUAUUCCCUUCACAUUUUGCCGCCAUUGUUGCUUCCCAUCUCCCAUUCAAAGUUUUUCCUUUUCAAUUCCGCACAAAACUAACACUGAUACAAACCUUUUCUCCCUACAAAAAAAUCCCCACCCUUUUCUCCCCUCUCUUCAUUUAUCUCCUCGGAAAAAAAAAGUAGUCUUUGAGCUGCUUUUUCGAAUUUUAAAUGGGUUUCUCGAAGAAGGUCGAAUCGACGAAGGAAUCGGACGGCAAGAAAUGGGUCAUCGCGAUUAGGGCUCCGCUGAAGCCGGUGUCGACGAAGGUGAGAGGCGGCGGCGAAUUCGAAGAGGAGGAGGAGGAGGAAUCGACCACGCCGACGGCGCGUGAGUCGAGGAUUCCGAAGAAGGCGGCCUGCCCGGCGGCGCCGAGGAAGCGCCGGCCCACCUCGACCUGCCAGGUAGUGAGAGAGUUCUUCUAUCCGCCGGAUUUGGAAUCGGUUUUCAUCCGCCGCCGCGCCGAGAGCGCCAACUGAGGUUGCAUUUUGAGGUUGGGGAAAUUAAGGUUAAUUUGUUGCCUCAAUUUGGUUCCUUCAAUAUUGUAUUACUGCUUUAGUAGUUUAGCUUAGUUUUAGUAGUACUCCACUAGUUAGUUAAGUUAGGCUGAUUGUAUAAAUAUAUUACUCCAGAUUGGUAAUUUAGUAGUAUUAGUAUGAA